AUGUCAGUAAAAGUCGGUGUUUUCUCUGUCAAAGGCAGCGCCACGCCCCUUUAAAGCUUAAUUCGGUCAGGGGGUGAAUUGGGUCAUCUAUCAUGUCUCUAAAUCAAACGUCAUCCUGGUUUUUAGAAAAGCAUAUCGGAAUUCUUUUAUAUUUGUUUGGUACAUUUUUCCGUCAACACAACUUUUAAAAUGAUACUCUAUAACAUUUUUUUUUUUUCGUUCAAACAUGUGACAGACUCCUGAAACAAUAUUUAUGGGGAUCUACAUUUCUCUACUUGUCAGUGUUUUCCAUUUUAUUCAUUAAAUUAUGUUUAUAUUAUAUAAAUCUAUUUCACAUUGUUCAUACAUAAUUUUAAUUUAACGCCUCAUUGAUUUUUUUUUAAUGAUUAAUUCACUGAGAUUUUAGAGCUGUAGAUGUUGCGCUAUAUAGACUCCUCCGGUAGGAGGCAGUAUCGCCAAAUGCAAUGCUGCAACCAUAACAUCCACGAAGAAGAGUGUCAAAGAUUUGUUUCUUUAGCGUCCCAACAAUAUUUUCUUCAUUAAACUGGCUUCUAAGCAGACUGCAACCAUUUUAAAACCUUAAACGGAAUGGACGAAAAGGUUUUCGAUCCUACUGCAGGGGAUGAUGGGGCAGAGGCCGGUGCAUCGUCAUGUUUGGGAGCCACUGGAGGAUCAUCUGGUUCCCGUUUGGAGUCGCAGCUCCAGGAGGCCAUUCGGUUAAAGACGGAGGGGAACGCAUUCUACCGGGAGAAAAAUGUGCGCACUGCCAUCGGACGUUAUCAUCGUGCUUUGCUCGUUCUCCGUGGCCUGGACUCUGAGGUGAACUCUGCACUGCAAGGGUUUGUUGCUCCGGUGCCUAAACUGAACCAGGAGCAGGAAGACCUGCUGAGGAGCACUCAAGUAGACUGCUAUAACAAUUUAGCAGCAUGUUUGCUACAGCGACAGGUGGUGGACUAUGCCCGUGUGUUAGAGUACAGUCUGAAAGUGCUCAGGUGGAGGUCAGGUGACAUUAAGGCCCUCUACAGAGCUGGAGUGGCCUCAUUACAACUGGGUGAUGCUCAGACUGCUCGACAUUACCUCAUACAGGCCAGCAGGGGGAAACCUAACGAUCCUGAUGUAAAGAAACAGCUGCAGCGAGUAGAGGAGAGACUCAGCCAAGACUACCAGAAAGAGAAGGCACUGUAUAAAGGCAUGUUCAGCAAGCAGAAACAGGCUGAGGACCAGUUAGCAGAGGAGAAGACCCAGAAAUUGGUCCAAACGGACAAAUACAUGACUCAGCAGGAACAUGCAUCAUUAAAUUAAGCUUGAGUUGACAGCACCAGGAAGCAAGUGGGAUGUUUUGCUUCAGGGCAUGGAUAAUUUGCUACAUAUGGCAUUUACUGAUGUUGAAUGGCCAGUAGCAGGACUGAAUGUGUGGUUGAACUCUGGUGCAACGUGGCAGCUUGUGCAAGUAUUUUAAUGCACUUAAAAUGCAUUGUACUCUGGUAUUGUAUAGUUAACAUACUGUCUAGCUGCUUCUGUUUUGCAUUCGGUUUCCUCCAGCUGUGGGUCUGUAUUUUUUUUUUUUUUUUUCCAUAUGAUAGUUCUCUUGCUUUUUGUUUGUUCAUCCUAAUAAAUAUUUUUGAAAGAA